CUUUACAAGAGCAACGUGACAUCUCAUAAAAACGUUUUUUUUUUUUAUUUGAUAUUCAAAACCGCGAUGUCGAAUUUUAUUUUCUACAAAAACGCGGUAUUUUAAAAGUGAAUGUUCGAGGAGCUAUGAGUGAAAGAGACGACAUGACCGUGGCAAAUGGCGUUAUCACGUUGUCUCUUUCGGUGUGGCGCACGACUUCGACAACGCGACGCGUUAGUUUGCCCCGCACGCGCAACGAGUGAAGUGCUCCUGCUUUUCACAAAAAACGUGGCAUCACGAGUAUACCACGUUUUUAGUGCAAAGAUGGCAUCACGAUCUAGGAUGUUAGUUCAAUUAGCUACAGGUGUUAAAAAUAAUUUAAGUGUACAACAAAGUGAUUCAAACUCUCAGAUAGAUACUUUAACACAAGAUGAGAAUGAAAAUGCCAAAAGCUCGACCAAUACAUUGCAGACAUCAACAGAAGACAAAGACAUCGCAUUAGAUUCCAUCCGACCUCGUAGUAAUUCGACUAGUAGCAGCGGUUCCUCUAGUUCUAGCAGUUCUUCGAGUUCUAGCAGUUCUUCAAGCAGUGGCCCAUCUGUGUAUCAAGGUAAGUUAAUUUAUAUCCCACUUUUCUCACAAAAUUCGAGGGUAAUUGAUCAAAUCAAUACCACACCACUACACUUCAAGAAUUUUGAUUGCAUUUAUAACGUUUCAGACAGCGACGACUCAGUAAAGGAUCCUGAUUAUGAAGCCCAACCAAAAAAACGUGCUGAGUAUUCUUCUGAUACUGACGUGGAACAAAAUAUCACUACUAACUAUAUAAACAUUUCGGAUGAUCAACAUUUGGUAACAUCUAAUAUAGUUUCAACAAACAUUGAAAACUCCGAGGAACCACUUUCGUCUACAAACGAACAUGCUAUGGUAUCCUACGAUCUCGGUGUCAUAGAGAACAGUGAAUCUUCUGCGAUUGAAAACGUAAGUAAUGGAAAUGCUGUAGGUCUAAUAGUGUAUAAUUCUAGUCCAACUAAAACUGGUAAAAAAAGAAGACUAAAUGUAGCAAACUGGAAAGUCAAUGUAGCUAAACGACUGAGAAAUAGUGGGAAGCCUUAUCAAUCUACCAAAUCAAAAAAAAACAUGCCAAGUCGUGAAUUGAAACCUUCUUGUAAAGAUAAAUGUAAAUUUAAAUGUGGGUUUAAAUUUACAGAGGAGCAAAGACAGACCAUUUUAAAUGAUUAUUGGAGCUUAGGUGCAAUAGAAAAACAAUGGACGUUUAUUGCUAAUAGCGUAGACAUAGUCAUCCCAAAACAACGUUACGUUAAAGUUGAUUCGGAUGGAAAUGUUGCAACUAUUCGAAACAACAACAACGCUUUCUUUUUGACGAUUUCUGGUGAAAAAACAAGAGUUUGUAAAUUGUUUUUCAAAAAUACUUUGGGGAUUAAUAAUCGACCCAUAGAGACUGCUUUGAAAAAGAAAAAUAGCAACACUAAUAUUUCUUCCAUGAAAGAUAACCGAGGUACUCAUUCAAACCAUUAUGCAGUGGACGAAAGCAUUAAAAAUGGCAUCAAAUUGUUUAUUGAGUCUAUACCGAAGAUUGAGUCACAUUAUAUCCGGGCUAACUCAAAACGAAAUUAUAUUGAUGGUAGCAAAGCUGUCACAGAUCUUCAUAGAGAUUAUGUAGAAAAAUGCAAAUCCCAAAACGUCCCCUAUGGAACCUACAUUACAUUUUAUCGUAUUUUCACACAAGAUUUUAACAUUUCGUUUUUCACUCCUAAAAAGGAUUUAUGCGAUAUUUGCGAAGCCUAUAAAAACAUCACAGAUGAAGAGAAACAAUCUAAGAAACAAGAUUAUGAAUUACAUCUUAAGGAAAAGAAUUUGUCUCGUAUUGAAAAAGAAAAAGAUAAGAACAACAAAAAUAUUUUAGUAGCGGUCUAUGAUCUUCAAGCAGUGUUCCAAUGCCCCAAAGGAGACAUCUCAGUUUUUUACUACAAGUGCAAACUAAAUGUACUUAAUUUAACAAUUUAUAACUUACAAAAUAAUUUAGUUGAGAGUUAUGUAUGGGAUGAGUCUAACGCCAAUAGAGGUGUCAACGAAAUAGCUACCUGUGUUUACAAAUACCUGGAGAAAAUUUCGGCAACGGCUGAAGACCUCGAUGUUGUCUUUUAUUCAGACAAUUGUGCCGGACAGCAAAAAAAUAAGUUCAUGAUCUCAAUGUACACUUACGCAGUCAAAACUCUGCCAAAUCUCAGAUCAAUUACACACAAAUACCUCGUUAAAGGACAUACGCAGAACGAGGGCGAUUCAGCUCACUCUCAAAUAGAGAGAGAAGUUAAAAGGCAAUUGAGAUCAGGACCAAUGUAUACACCUGACGCAUUUAUCGGGGCUAUAAAGGCGGCACGGAAAAAAAGCGAGCCAUUUCAUGUUAAUGAAAUGUGCUUCGAUGAUUUUUUUGAUUGGAAAAGUAUAUGCACUCAAAUGAACUUUGCAAUAAUGAAAGAUGAAGACAAUAAUCCUGUGAAACUGGCUGGACUGAAGAUGAUAAAAGUUCAAAGCUCUGAUCCCGAUGCCAUAUUUUUCAAAGAAUCGUACGCUGACGAAUUAUUUAAGAAAGCUAUAGUGGUGAAAAAAAAGAGAAAUCAUAAUAGUCAAAGCAUUAAUUUAGAUUUGCAAAAGGCCUAUCUUCAAAAACCUGGACAAGCAGAGCGAAAAAAAGCUGAUCUCAUGGAUUUGGUCAAUAAAAACCUCAUUCCUAGAUACCACAAGCCAUUUUACGAAUCGUUGUAAUAAGACUGAUUAAGUACAAAGAUUUUUUGAAUUGUAUUUUUUAGAAAUAUUUAAUUGCUACAUUCAAAAUGAUAGUGUUUUUAUUAGUAUUAAGAGAAUUUGUGAUUCUAUGUUUAUGAAGGGUGAUAGCAAUGUUCCUAUUUUGAAUUUCUAAGUACUAUAAAACUGGGUGCCAUAAUUGUGUUAGAACUUAGAAGACGUUAAUUACCAUUAGAUAACUUUAAGUACAGUUAUCUUUUUGAUUUUUUAUUUGUAUGAAAGUAAUUUUUUAGUUACCUUAUAAUUUUAAUUAAAGCUAGUACUAAGUACUAUGUGAUUGAUUGAUCUCUUGUUGAUUAUUGUGCCUUAAACUAAUUUUAUGGUGUAAGUAAGCCAUUGUUUUCGUAAAUUUGAUUUUUUUUAAAUACAAGAUUUUUAUUUUGAUAGUGUGUUUUAUUCAACUUAUCACACAGCGUUACACCUAAAUUUAACACCUUCAAUGUGAUACAUCAAUAUGUUACAAGCAUUUUUUGUCAUAUUUUCAUUAAAAACGUGACAUGUGUGUCUGUGUUUUUUUAAAU